AUGAAACUUUUGAACUUUUCUUUUCUAACAGGUUUGCGUAUUCUUGCUUUUCCUUGCAAUCAAUUUGGUUAUCAAGAGCCAGGCAAUGCUGAAGAGAUUCAAUGCUUCGCUCGUGAUCGAAAAGUUCAAUUUGACUUGUUUGAGAAGAUCGAUGUGAAUGGAAAGACUGCGCAUCCAUUGUGGCAAUUUUUGAAGAAGGAACAAGGUGGAACAUUAUUCGAUGCCAUCAAGUGGAACUUUACAAAGUUCAUCGUUGAUAAGAACGGGAAACCAGUUGAACGUCAUUCACCCAACACAUCGCCCAAGGAAAUGUUGAAGAAUUUGGAAAAAUAUUUCGAUGCUAAAGUCGAAUUAUAA